GUUUUGGACUGUGACAGCUAACGCUAACACUAGCUGCUAACUUGAUGUUGUGGGUCCUCGGUGAAGCUGCCCCAACAAUGCCUGCACAAAAUAUACAAGUUCAAGAGGGUUGCCGACGAUUCAAAGUCACAGGCAGACUGACGGCUGCCCUGGUUGUCCUGUCAUAUGGAUGUUUCCACAGUGACUGAAGCGGUGCAGUGUCGGUCAGUAGCAAACGUGAGUUGUGUUGAUCCGCAUAUUUCAGCUUUAGUUUUGUAAACGAGUUUCUCUCAUAUUUAAACCAGAGCUGAAGACGAACUGUCCUGACAGAGACGACAACAUGUCCGCCCUGCCUCUGUCCUGUUGGACCAAACUGAGACCACGCACCAUGAGGGCACUUCUUCACAAGAGCUCCUCUGUUUGUCCAAACCAACCCUCCAGACGACACAGCUCAGGACAGCAGCAGAGGAGGAGGAGGGUUGUGAUCACCGGGGUAGGGUUGGUGUGUCCUCUGGGCACAGGGACUGCUCUGCCCUGGGACAAUCUGAUUAAAGCCCACAGUGGGAUUGUUGCUCUGGACUCUGAGGAGUACAAGACGGUUCCCUGUAAAGUGGCCGCUCUGGUAACCAGAGGGACUGAAGAGGGUCAGUUUAACGUGGAGAGGUUUGCCUCUCGCGGGGAGAUCAACAGCAUGUCCCCAGCUACUGUGAUGGCCCUGGGAGCUGCUCAGCUCGCUCUGGAGGACUCUGGCUGGUACCCCAAGUCCCCAGAGGAACAGCUCAGCACUGGGGUGGCCGUUGGCAUGGGCAUGGUGGCACUGGAUGAGAUUGCUCGCACCUCAGCUGUCUUCCAGGAUAAGGGCUACAACAGAGUGAGCCCGUUCUUUGUGCCCCGCAUCCUUGUCAACAUGGCCGCUGGCCAUAUAAGUAUCAAACACAGAUUAAAGGGUCCUAAUCAUGCUGUGUCCACAGCAUGCACCACAGGUGCACACGCCAUAGGGGAUGCCUCCAGGUUCAUUGCUCACGGGGAUGCGGAUGCUAUGGUUACAGGGGGAACAGAAUCCUGCAUAGGGCCUCUGUCAAUAGCUGGGUUUGCCAGGGCACGUGCCCUCGCCACCAAAUGGAAUGACAACCCUGUGCUGGCAUCGAGACCCUUUCACCCAGAGAGAGAGGGCUUUGUGAUGGGUGAAGGAGCUGCUGUGCUCCUGCUGGAGGAGCUGGACCAUGCAAUGAAGAGGGGAGCCAGGAUCUAUGCAGAGGUCCUGGGCUAUGGACUCUCUGGGGAUGCCAGCCACAUCACUGCACCCACUGCAGAUGGGGAUGGGGCAUUCAGGUGCAUGUCUGCAGCACUCAGAGAUGCUGGCGUCUCCCCGGCAGAUGUAACAUACGUGAAUGCUCACGCUACGUCCACGCCGUUGGGUGACGCGGCUGAAAAUGCAGCCAUCAAAAGACUCUUCCAGCAAAGUGUCGAGAGCCUGGCCGUCUCCUCUACCAAAGGAGCUACUGGACACCUGCUUGGGGCUGCGGGGGCCAUGGAGGCAGCGUUCACCGCACUGGCCUGCUACCAUGGGGUCCUGCCCCCGACUCUCAACCUGGAUCGCACUGAGCCAGAGUUUGACCUGAAUUAUGUUCCCUGCACAGCGCAGCCAUGGCGGACUCAGGGCAGACGGGUCGCCCUUACAAACUCAUUUGGAUUUGGUGGCACCAACGCCUCACUGUGUCUCGCCAGCAUCUGAGGACACUCUGAGACUGAUCAUUGACUUUUUUAUCAGAAAUCACGUGUGUUCCUUUUCUUAAGCUCUGUUGUGAUAGAGUUUCAGUGACUGAAUAAUAAUAUAAUAAUAACUUUAUUUGUAUAGCUCUUAUCUAAACAAUGUUACAAAGUGCUUCACACAAAAAAAUCCACAGGUAUUGAAUAAAAGGUAUUCAAUGCAGUUCAAUCUUAAGGGACAAAUUAAAACAUAAUAAGGUCAAGACCUUAACAUUUAUAGAGAAACUCAACAGUUCCCAGUCCCGUUCCAGUAUUCAUCUGACCUGCCACUGGUAGUUUGUGGAAAACUCUUGUGAACUGAUAAUGUGAAUUCAAUUAAGUUCAGAUACUUUUUACCCCGGAAAAUUCGAUGAAAAGCUUUAAAUUGAUGACAAAUUCUGAGCAAAACUUUAAAACAAUAUUAUGUUUUUAUAUUUGCGGUUUGUAAUUUAAAUGUAGUGAACAUGAUUAAAACCUCAUGUAGUAGAAGAAGUAUGGUCUCUGUCUGUAGAAGCUGUAUUUCAGUUUGGCAUGAAAACCAAAAUUGUGGGUGCUGUGGCUUGCUUAUUGCUCUGCUCGCCAGUUUAUACAGUUUGUGACUGGAUAAAUAAAUCUAUCUGGAUUGGGAGAGUAUCUCACUCAUUACUGCUGCUGUGGUGCCCUUGAGCAAGGCUCCAGGGGAGGCGUUCAGGGUCCAACUUAUCAAAUUUCAUUGAGCAGAUUAAUCUGUCUGUUAUUGAUUCCUUUGUUUUGUCUGUAAGGGAAAUGCUCUAAACUAUUUCACAAACCAAAUGGGACAUUUUCAGUUAUGUUGUAUGGUCCAAAAAUAUACAAUUUACAAAGAUAUAAACCAGAGAAAAACUUAAAUAAGAUUGUUUCUAAAAAAAAUAUGGCCCUGUUUGGGAAUGGAUCAAUCUUA